AUGGGUCCGAAGAAAGCACCACCAAGUAAGGUGGACAUGAUGCGCGUUAUGUCGCAGAUACAUAACCUCGAAAGUUUUAUUGAAACGUACACCAGUGAGCAAUCUACGCAAUGUGAACACCGAUUGAAGUUACUCGAGAGUUGUUGGCAGACGUUCGACAGGAUGCAAACGACUCUUGAAGAUGCCGAAGAAGAUGAAGCAGAAAUUGUUCGCAUGCUCAAAGAGAGAAAUGAUAUGUACGAUCGAUAUUGCUUCAUAAAAGGUCACCUCACAUCAUCCAAACAAGAUUUGAACAGCACUUUACCGAAAAUAAGUCUACCAACGUUUGACGGGAAGAUCACCUCAUGGCUCAGCUUUAAGGAUCGUUUCACUGCAAUGGUAGCUUCAUCCAACGACAUUCCGGAUGUCAUGAAGCUAGAAUAUCUUCUAGCAUCGUUGAAGGGUGACGUUGCGAAACGAUUUGAAUAUGUCGACAUUGCUGCCGAAAAUUACUCCACCACCUGGAAGGCGUUGUUAGAGAGAUAUGACAACAUUCGAGCCCUAAAGC